GCCGGCCCAAGAUGGCGCUGCCCGUGGCCGCGGCCCGGGGGCCGCUCUGGCGCCUUGGCCCCGCCGCCCUGAGCCCCCGUCGGGGCCGGGUUCCGUCGCCGCUCGCUCCGGCCGUGUCCAGGUCCCCGGUGCGCUCCCCGGCUCGCUCGCUUUCCUCCCGCGCCGCCUCCCGCGCCCUCGUGGCCGCCGUGGCCGCCGCUGCCCGGCGGGUGAGCGCCCGGUACGAGCGGUACCUGGAGAGGAGCUGCCCCCGGUUCUACGUCCUGCACAGCACCUUCAAAACCGGGGUGCAGGCUCUGUUCCUGGAGGUGCAGGAGAUCAGGAGGAUCAGGGCCAGGAUGGCCCAGCUGCAGCUGAGCCCACAGCAGCUCCCGUACCGGGACAUGGAGCGCCUGCGCCAGUUCCGCAGGGACGUGCUCAAGGCCAUUCCCAUCGGGAUCAUCGCCAUCCCCCCCUUCGCCAACUUCCUGGUGCUGGUCCUCAUGUAUUUCUUCCCUCGGCAGCUCCUGAUCAGGCACUUCUGGACACCCAGGCAGCAGCUGGAGUUCCUGGAUGCCUACGACUGCCGCCGCCGGGCCUCGCACCCGGCCGUGCUGCGGGCGCUGGCGCGGGCAGCGCGCUCCCUGCCCGAGGCACAGCCCCAGCAGCUGCUGCUGCAACUCUGUGACCAGGUGCAGGGAGGUGCCCGGCCCCACCUGGCCCAGCUCCUGGCUGUGAGGAGUUUGUUCUCGGGCUCUGUGCUGGUGCUCAACAGGCUCCAGGUGGAUCAUGUGAGAGCCCUGAGCCAGGUGCUGUUCCUGACCCCUCACCUGCCCGCCUUCCUCCUGCGGCACCGCCUGCGCAGCCACGUCCUGGAGAUCCAGCACCUGGACCACGCCCUGCUGCACCUGGGGCUGGGGCAGCUCUCUGAGGAGGAGCUCCGAGCGGCCUGUUACCUGCGUGGGCUGAACUCCACUCACCUGGGCCAGGCCGAGUGCCAGGCGUGGCUGGAGCAGUGGCUCAGGCUGUCCUGUGAGCUCCAAGCCUCGGAAGCCUCCCUGCUGGCCCACAGCAUGGUCCUGCUGGCCCUGCCCCCCCGCCAGCCCCCCGAGUGACCGCCCCGAGGGACCCGGAGCGCCGGGGGGACAGGGUGGCACCUGUGUCCCCCCCCAGCCUGUGCUGCCACCGUGCCCCGAGCUGGCCUGGCCUGUGCCCGCCCUCUGCAGCCACUGGUCAGUAAUUAACUGCAUCUCGUUAAUUGUGGGGAGAGCGAGCGGCCCCUGCGCUGGGGCUGGUCCUGCGGGGCUGCUGGAGGGUCCUGUGGGGUCUGCUGGAUGUUUCCGUGGAAUUGGGUGGAUGUUUCCCGUGGGAUCUGCUGGAGGUUCCUGUGGGAUCUGCUGGAGGUUCCCCUGGGAUCCUCUGAACGUUUCCAUGGAAUUUGGUGGAUGCUUCCCAUGGGAUCUCCUGGAGGUUCCUGUGAGAUUUUCUGGAUGUUCUUGUGAGAUUUUCUGGAUGUGCCUGUGGGAUCUGGUGGAUGUUCCUAUGAGAUUUCCUGGAUGUUCCUCUGGGAUCUUCUGGAUGUUUUUGUGUGAUCUUCGGGGUGUUCCUGUGGAAUUUGGUGGAUACUUCCCAUGGGAUCUGCUGGAGGUUCCUGUGAGAUCUGGAUGUUUCCGUGGGAUUUGGUGGAUGCUUCCCAUGGGAUCUGCUGGAGGUUCCUGUGAGAUCUGGAUGUUUCCGUGGGAUUUGGUGGAUGCUUCCCAUGGGAUCUUCAGGAUGUUCCUGUGGGAUCUUCUGGAUGUUCUUGUGGGAUCUGCUGAAGGUUCCUGUGGGAUCUGCUGGAUGCUUCCCCUGGGAUCUGCUGGAUGUUCUUGUGGGAUCUGCUGGACAUUCCUGUGGGAUCUCCUGGACAUUCCUAUGGAAUCUGGUGGAUGUUCCUGUGGAUCUGGUGGCCCUGACCCCCUGCUGGAGACUUUUCCUGUUUCUUCUCUUCUGAACAGUCCCAGCCCUCCCUGAGGGUUUGAGCAGCACCCUGGAAUUCCCACCAACCUCCCAGGUCCCUGGGGGAUCUCCUGGGAGCCUUUUGGGAUCCCUGGGAGCCUUUUGGGAUCUCCUGGGAGCCUUUUGGGAUCCCUGGGAGCCUUUUGGGGUUCCCUGCCUUUGGGGUUAACUCCCCUGCCUGAGAAUUCCUGGGAAUUUCCCCCAAAGUGGAGGAACUGGGGGCUCCAGGGGCUUUGGGGGUGGCUCUGGUGACCCCCCCCGAGGGGACACAGCCAUGGGGAUGCCCCAAAAUUUCCCUUUUGAAGCAUUUUUGGGGUUAAAGGGGUGGGAGCCACCCCCUGCUCACCUUCCUGCUGGGUUUGGGGAAUUUCAGAGCCCCCCCUUGAGAAAUUCACUUAGCAGCCACAACUCACCUCUCAUUUUACCUUUUCUGUGGGUUUUCCACUUAAAUAUUGCCCUUAAACACAGAAUUUUGUGAAUUUUACAGCCCCCCCUUGAGAAAUCCACCCCUUUUCAGCCAUAAUUCUGAGCUAAAUCUAAUUUAACAAUUAUUUUCAUUUUUCCACUUAAAUAUUCCCCUUAAACACAGAAUUUUGUGAAUUUCAGAUUCCCCCCUUGAGGAAUUCACCAUUUUCAUCCUCAAUUCCCUUCUAAUUUUACCUUUUUUUUUUGUUGUUUCCCACUUAAAUAUUCCCCUUAAACACAGAAUUUUGUGAAUUUCAGAGCCCCCCCCUUGAAUUCACCCCUUUUCAGCCACAAUUCUGAUUUAAAUCAAAUUUAACAAUUUUUUUCAUUUUUCCACUUAAAUAUUCCUCUUAAAUUCCACAUUUUUGUGAAUUUCCCCACUUGAGGAAUUCACAAUUUUCAUCCACAAUUCACAUCUAAUUUUACCAUUUUUGUGAUUUUUCCACUUAAAUAUUGCCCUUAAACACAGAAUUUUGUGAAUUUCAGAUCUCCCCCCUUGAGGAAUUCGCCAUUUUCAUCCUCAAUUCACAUCUAAUUUUACCUUUUCUUUUGUUUUUCCACUUAAAUAUUGCCCUUAAAUACAGAAUUCUGUGAAUUUCAGAGUCCCCCCUUGAAUUCACCCCUUUUCAGCCACAAUUCACAUCUAAUUUAACCAAAUUUUUUGUUUUUCCACCUAACUACUGCCCUUAAGUACAGCGUUUUUCAGGAAAAAGGAGCCCAUGGUUAAAUUUCCCAUUAUUUGUGGGCGUGGCUGGGGAAAAGAAAUUAACAUUGAAGAGAACUUUGCAUUCCCAACAUUUGGGAAAAUCCAAAUGGAAAAUCCAGCGGGGCUUGGGGGGAUUGGAGGGGACAUCUGGGAUUUGGGGGCAGGGAGCUCCAGCAGCAGGAGCUGGUGGAUUAAAUACAAUAAAAAUGAUAAAAAAUGCAAAA